AUGGAUCAAAUUCUCGAUGUCGGUGGGGGUGAGAUACAAGCAUAUAAUAAAGCCCUCCUGGAGAAGAAACUUUUCUGGGGCCAAGGACCUUUCACUACCCUCAAAGGACAUGCCCAAAAAGUCCUACCCACUUCUGUCAUCUACGGCGAUACAGGCCUCGAGCUCUGGGCAAGCAUCACGCACUUGACGAGCUACUACCAGACCAGAGAGAAAGCAGCUUUGCUUGUCGAGAAUUCCCCAGACCUGGCAAGAUGGAUCCAGAAGGAUAGUGUUUUGAUCGAUCUCGGAUGCGGGGAUAUUCGUAAGCUCACACCGCUGUUGGAAGAGCUUAACCAAUCGCAAAAGUCGGUCCUGUACUGCCCACUCGACCUCUCGCGUAAGUCGAUCGAUCGAGCCAUCCAACAGACCAAAGGCUCUCUUCUCCCCCAUAUCAGCGUCACUGGUCUGUGGGGCUCGUUUGAAGAUGGCGUGGACUGGGCGAAUCGCAACUGCGGUAACCGACCCAGGAUGUUCCUCUCCCUGGGCUCCAUACUUGGUAAUAAUCAUUUUGAGGAUGCGGUGGCGCGUCUCAUUUGGCUGCGCUCGACAGGUUUGCGCAGUAAACAUGACAGGAUCCUUCUGACCAUGGAUAAGACCAAAGAUCGGGACAAGAUCUGUACAUCGUAUGACGAUGCACAAGGUCUGUUCACGCGGCUCAUUCGUCAAGGGUUCCAAGAUUCAAACGAUAUCCUUGGCGACAACUGGUAUCGCGAGGAAGAUUGGGCUCUUCUGCGCAGGUUUACACGAGACCCAACAAUGCAUCGAUUCGUCUUUCAAGCCAAGCACACCAUCGAAUGUCCGACGAGAAAUGUGACAUUUCGCCAGGGCGACGAGAUCGACUGCUACGAAGGUUUCAAGUACGGGCCUGAAGAGAUGGCAGAGCAAUUCAAAGCGGCAGGGAUUCACGAGUACGCGCGUUGGAAGGGUCCACACAAUGAUAUUUGUAAGCUGUUGAUUGCCCAUGAUUGA